CUGCAACAGCGACUUCUCCAGCACCACCAGCAGCUCCUCCGACAGUUAUUAUUUUUUGGCCAAACUGCACAUUUCCUGGUUUAAUGUCUUGAGCUCUGCAACCAGCUAACUCGUUUCCCGGGGUCUGGCUCAGACUCAGUUGGUGACGCUGAGGCUGGGGUCUGUGACUUCCUGCAGACUGAUGAAAGCCAGGUUCUCAGGAAGGCUACCGGAUCCAAAGGAAGGGUAGAAGUCACACUUUUUUUCCCUGCUUGGUGGAUCCCCAGCAGGAUCUAGAUCCAGCAGUGCCGUUUUCCGGGAGUGUAUGCCGAGCACCUCAGGCUUGAGCCUGCUGCUGGCUGCAGGAAGGGUCCAGAUUUUGAGAAGGGUUUCCAGAAGAAGAUGCUUCGGCUGCCUGCGGUCCUGCCUGCCCUGCUUGCGUUCCUAGAAGCCAGACUCAGGGAAAAAGUGAACUGGGGCAAUUGACAAGCGCACAGGGUCUGGCGGAAACUACUGAGACUGGGAAUUUCAUCUUCCUUAGAGGAAGAUUUGUCUGCACUGCAAGUGCCCUCAGGAGGAGCACAUGGUGACAGUGAUGCCCCUGGAGAUGGAGAAGACCGUCAGCAAACUCAUGUUUGACUUUCAGAGGAACUCCACCUCGGACGAUGACUCAGGCUGCGCCCUGGAGGAGUACGCCUGGGUCCCACCAGGGCUGAAGCCUGAACAGGUUCACCAAUACUAUAGCUGUCUCCCAGAAGAGAAAGUUCCUUAUGUCAACAGCCCGGGAGAAAAACUGAGAAUCAAGCAGCUAUUACACCAGCUGCCACCGCAUGACAAUGAGGUCCGAUACUGCAAUUCCCUGGAUGAGGAAGAAAAGAGGGAGCUGAAGCUCUUCAGCAACCAGAGGAAACGUGAAAACCUGGGCCGAGGGAACGUCAGGCCCUUCCCAGUCACAAUGACCGGAGCUAUUUGUGAACAGUGUGGAGGGCAGAUUAAUGGUGGGGACAUCGCUGUGUUUGCAUCGCGUGCUGGCCACGGCGUUUGCUGGCACCCGCCUUGCUUCAUAUGCACUGUCUGCAACGAGCUCCUGGUGGAUUUGAUCUAUUUUUACCAAGAUGGGAAGAUAUACUGCGGGAGGCAUCACGCCGAGUGCCUCAAGCCACGCUGUGCAGCCUGUGACGAGAUCAUCUUCGCAGACGAAUGCACUGAAGCUGAGGGGCGGCACUGGCACAUGAAACACUUUUGCUGCUUUGAGUGCGAGACGGUGCUGGGUGGCCAGCGCUACAUCAUGAAGGAGGGAAGGCCCUACUGUUGCCACUGCUUCGAGUCCUUGUAUGCUGAAUAUUGUGACACCUGUGCCCAACACAUAGGGAUCGACCAAGGCCAAAUGACCUAUGACGGCCAGCACUGGCAUGCCACUGAGACCUGUUUCUGUUGUGCUCACUGCAAGAAAUCCCUCCUUGGACGGCCAUUCCUCCCAAAACAGGGCCAGAUAUUCUGCUCCCGGGCCUGCAGUGCUGGGGAGGACCCCAAUGGCUCGGACUCAUCCGAUUCGGCCUUCCAGAACGCCAGGGCCAAGGAGUCCCGGCGUAGCGCCAAAAUCGGCAAGAACAAGGGCAAGACGGAAGAGCCCAUGCUGAACCAGCACAGCCAGCUGCAGGUGAGCUCCAACCGGCUGUCAGCCGACGUGGAUCCCCUGUCACUGCAGAUGGACCUGCUCAGCCUAUCCAGCCAGACACCCAGCCUCAACCGGGACCCCAUUUGGAGGAGCCGGGACGAGCCCUACCAUUACGGGAACAAGAUGGAGCAGAACCAGUCCCAGAGUCCUUUGCAGCUCCUCAGCCAGUGCAACAUCAGAACUUCCUACAGUCCGGGAGGGCAAGGGGCUGGGGCCCAGCCUGACAUGUGGGCCAAGCACUUCAGCAACCCCAAAAGGAGCUCGUCACUGGCCAUGAAGGGACACGGCGGCAGCUUCAUCAAGGAAUGCCGAGAGGACUACUACCCUGGAAGGCUGAGGUCCCAGGAGAGCUACAGCGACAUGUCCAGUCAGAGCUUUAGUGAAACCCGAGGCAGCAUCCAAGUCCCCAAAUAUGAGGAGGAGGAGGAGGAGGAAGGGGGCAUAUCCACUCAGCAGUGUCGGACCCGUCAUCCAAUCAGCUCUCUGAAAUACACUGAGGACAUGACACCCACAGAGCAGACCCCUCGAGGCUCCAUGGAAUCGCUGGCCCUGUCUAAUGCGACAGAGGACAUUCCCAGAGCCAGGUGGGAGAGACGGAGAACAGUGGACAGACGGUACAGAGCCCAACCCAUAGAGGCUGGCCUCUCCGCCGACGGUGGCGCCAAACGCCAGGAGCACCUCUCCCGGUUUUCCAUGCCUGACCUCAGCAAAGACUCCGGAAUGAAUGUCUCCGAGAAGCUGAGCAACAUGGGCACGCUUAACUCGUCCAUGCAGUUCCGCAGCGCAGAGUCAGUUCGCAGCCUGCUCUCAGCUCAGCAGUACCAGGAGAUGGAGGGGAACCUCCACCAGCUCGGCAAUCCCAUUGGCUACAGAGACCUGCAGUCCCGCGGAAGGAUGCAUCAGAGCUUUGAUUUUGACGGGGGCAUGGCAGGCAGCAAGCUGCCAGGGCAGGAGGGCGUGAGGAUCCAGCCCAUGAGCGAGCGCACUCGGAGAAGAAGCACUUCCCGCGAGGACAGUCGCCGCUUCCGGCCUCACCGGUCCAGGCGUUCCCGACGCUCGCGCUCGGACAAUGCCCUCCACCUGGCCAGCGAGCGCGAGGCCAUCUCUCGGUUGAAAGAAAGACCCCCACUGCGAGCCCGGGAGGACUAUGACCAAUUCAUGCGCCAGCGGAGCUUCCAGGAGAGCCUGGGUCAGGGGUCCCGGAGGGACCUGUAUGGCCAGUGCCCGAGGACUGUGUCGGACCUGGCUUUGCAGAAUGCCUUCGGGGAUCGGUGGGGACCCUACUUCACCGAGUAUGAUUGGUGUUCCACCUGCUCCUCCUCCUCCGAAUCUGACAACGAGGGCUAUUUCCUAGGAGAACCCAUCCCCCAGCCGGCCCGCCUGCGGUACGUCACAAGCGACGAACUUCUGCACAAGUACAGCUCUUACGGCCUCCCUAAGUCAUCCACGUUAGGUGGCAGGGGACAGUUGCACAGCAGGAAAAGACAAAAGAGCAAAAACUGUAUCAUUUCUUAAUCUGCUUGGGGUUAGGGAAUGGGGAAAGAUGGGAGCUAAGAAUGUAAAUUGAGAAACUUGCACUGUUUUAGACUUUAAAGCGCUUUUGGGGGUGGCUACUGGGGGAGAAAAAGGAAAUGCUCUCAGUUGAUGAAGGCAAGGUUACAGAUUGACUCAAUAGGUAGUCACAGUUCUUGGCAUGUUGAAUAUUAUUUGCACAUUUCACUUUGGAAACGCUGUAGACGCCGCGGAGGCCAGGGUUGGUUACCCCUCCCAUCAGUGUGUUGAGUUGCCACUCGCAAGAUGGCAAAUUGUUUCCUGCUCGCUUUCGUCCUCUCUGGUUCUCUUACUUUUAGGGCCCUUUUUCCAGUAAGUAAUUUGUUUAUUAGCCAGGCCCCAAGACUAAGUUAUUUACAUGUCCAUUGUAAAUGCAAUGUAAAUGAGAGUUCUGAUAAAAUAUUUUUGUAUUUUGUAAUAUCAAAGGAAUUUCUAUAUCGUAGGACUCAGUGGAGUCUUGCAUGCACACCCAGCAUUGUCUUUGAGUAGUUUUCAAAGGUGGUCCAGGAUCGCCUGGGUUUUUUUCUUUUUUUCUAUACAAAUUUGUUACAUGUCAGUGAGACCUUUUUCAAAGGAGUUUAUUCAAUUUGGCUUUUUGUGGCUAAAAAAAAAAAAACACAAAAAAGAAAAACCAAAAAAAAAAAAAAACCAAUUAACUAUUAUACCCAAAGCAUUUUGUGGUCUCUUCCUUCUUAAGGAGCCAUCCUUCUGUCCAUUCCCACCCUCAAUAGAAUCUGUUCUCUACAAAGUGAUAGUAAUUUUUUACAAUAACAAACAUAACCUUUGCCAAUUAGAGAAACCAAUCAGUGUCAGUACAGUUCUGUGAGAAACACAAUCCCUGCUGGGAACCUUGAAGUUGCUUACUAUUGAUCUCUCCCUUGGGGAAAAUAAAAGUGACUGUGAGUGGUGCUGUUGUGUGAUGUCGGCAUGACGUUGUUUUGAAUGUGGCAUUAUUUUCUGGUGCUCAUGUUUCCUGGAUUGUAUUAUCUGCUUUCCUUUACCAAGGCAGACGAAACAGCUGCCUUUUAGCCUGACAACCGCUUGUCCUCAGUGCAAAUGAACUUAGGCACAGGAAGGUUCUGAGGGGGCUCUGGGAGUGACGGUGUGUUCUAGAUUGCACAUUAGCAUGGAGAAGAGAACAUGAAGGUAGGUCAGGGCAAAGAAGAACUUCUGGCAAUGAGGUAGAGGAGAGGCAACAGCCACCUUGAAUAGCCCUCAGUGCUUGUGGAAAGAAUUCGGCUUAACACAUUCCACUACCAGAGUAUCUCAGUGACCCAGAAAGGUUGAGCUGCUCAGGAGAUUUCAGUGUGAGAGUCUUAAAAAACAAAUGUUGAAAGGAGGAUUUCCAUCUUGAACUUAGGGGACCAUUGGUCAGACAGAAAAAUGGGCUCAAAGUGAGUUUGCUUAAAGAAGACAUGUAACGGUUGUGUUGUUUAUAGUAAAAUAAAACUUCCUACCUUGCUUCAGUUAAAAAUGAAGCGCUUGCUUUUUCUUCCAUUCUCCUCCUCCCCUUAAUGGAUUGUGGCAGUUGAAAUAAUCCAUUGCAGGACCCACCUUUAGUGAGAUGUCCUGUCAGUAGUACGCAGUGUAUCUCAGUGGCAUCUGCCAUGGUGAGGUGAGCGUGGUCUCUUUUCAGUAUAGUAGUAAAUAUUUUCUAGUAUCUUUUUUAUGGAGAGAAUGUGAAAAGUGGCUUUUCAGACACCAUGCCAAAUGGGUCUGGGGAAAGGACAGCUGUAAAGGAUGUGGAAAAGGCACUCCAUUCAGGAUGUAUUAAAAUAAUUUGCUUUUCAGGUAUUAAUAUGACAUUUGUCAUUGUCACUGAUUUUUUUAAAAAACAAUGCAAAUGUUGGUUGUGGCUGUUUUCCGCAUGCUAUCUUCAUAUCUAAAUGCUUCAUUAAUUAUCCAAGCCUCCAGAGAAUUAACUCUAUUACGUUUGUAUAGUAAGUCUGUAAACUGCUUGGCAAACUGAAUUUAAGAAAUAAUGUGUAACACCACACUACUAAAGUGGCAGGUUUCUGGUAGAAAUUGGGAAAGUCCAAUUUGGAGUUUUGAGUUCCUUGAUUGAGAAUAAAAAGGCAUUUUGGAAAAAGAAAAACAGAGAUCACUGAAUCUAGCAAAAAGCUGAAAAUAAUAUAGGUCCUCUGUGGCCUGGGAUCCAAUGAAAGUAACUCUCCUAGUAAACGCUGCUUUCUAACUCUGUCCUUUUCAGAGCACCUCUUGCAUUUCCCAGAUGAGGCGUUAACCCCCAUCAGCAGAAAGAAGAAGGUGGCCUAGAAACUGACACAUAACUAGUACCCAGAGGGAUUGGAAGAAUGAGCAGUUUCAGGCCUGGUUUCCCAGGGAGCGUCCAGCGGCCAAGGUGGUCGGAGCUGGAGAUUUAAUGAGAUACAAGCCUCAGGGUCAAACUGUGUACACCUCCAUCUGCCCCACCACUGCAGAUGUCUUCUCCCCAUGCCACAUGCAGCAGCUGCCUUAGUGCCCACGGAGGGCGGCUGAAUCCUCGCAAUGAGGAUGGCACCUCCAGGUGAAUGCCCCAGACACAGCAGGGUGUCACCAUACUGGGAGUUCCACCUGUUGGUGAUAACUUACACAUAACAUCCCAAAAUCCCAUUCCCCCAAAUUCAGUGCAUUCUUUAAUUCCUCCAUCGUAACUGUGAGCUCUUCUUGGCCAAGCUCCGCCUGUGAGUGGGGCCUACACUCACCUCUUCUUAGAUCAUCACUUCAUCUUCAGUAGAGUUGUGUUUAGAAAAGUAGCCUUUUCCCAGUUUCCUCUCUGCUCUACUGCCUUGGGCAUUUGUUUUCUACCCUCUCCUUUUAUUGGUCUUCUUGUCUUUUGGUUAACACCACAGCUUUAGAGUUCAGUUCAUGCCCUACUGCUCCUCGAUUCAGUGGCAAGAACUUGCUCUUUCCCAGGAAGUAGAGGUCAUUAACCAUUUCCAGUUGCCUGCAUGGCCCUGCCAAUGCGUAUCACCCUUGAUACUGUGGCCAGGUUUCUUAGCAGGCUGGUAGCAUUGAGCACGACAUUUAGGUGCCCUCCUUCUGUCAUCUAAUUCUGGGAUCUCUACGAAGUAUGAAGGCGAACCAGGUGAGGGAAACCAGAACUGUGCUUCUUGGUCUUGCACAUGUUCAGAGGGGGAGAAUCCCUAGUGUUGGUUGUUGGACACCUUUCCACAUUCACCUUCUGUUCUCUAGUCUUUCCUUUCUACCCUCAGUCACCUCAGUCAGCUCAGUGACGAAGCAAUUAUGCAUUUCUAACAUGGGACCUGGAGGCAGCUCUUUCUCAUCCUCGUCUCCCAUCCUGCAGGAUGUUCCUGCACUGCGACAAGAUUACAUUUCCUUCUCCUCCUGCAGCAGCUCUCUACUUCUUGGGUACCACUAGCCAUUGCUGAGUUCAGAUGGAGCCAGUGAUGAGAUAUAUGCAGCACAAGCUCUGUCGUCAUGCAACCUGGGCAGAUAUAACUGAUGUGUCCCUGUAAACUUUCCCGAGAACAUGGACACAGCCUCAGAAAUCUUGCAACACUCCAACCAACCAGAGCCAGUUGAUCAGAACUGAUCGUAUUUGUCUGAUAACAAAUCUUAUUUGGAAAAUUGAUUCUUAUUUGCCUUCUCCCUCUGGGCUCUUUUGCCAUUGGCCAAAAAUAGUACCCCAGCCAUUUAGAUUAUUCUUUUUUUUUUUUUUAAGCUGAGCCAUCCUGCCACCUGUUGGCAGCUCAGCGGCUGCUCAGCUCGGGCUGGGACUCGAACUGCUGUUGCUUAGAGCUCGCACUCUUGAGCGAGCUCUUAACCAACUGAGCCAUUGGCCAGCCCAACCCCAGCCAUUUAGAAAGCAUCAUUCAUAAAUAAUUGAGACUCCAAUUCCUAUCUCCGCAGAUCGUGGAUGCUAACAGGAUCUGACUUCCUUAGGCUAAAUGAAGACAAAUCUCUUUGUCCUCCUUUGUUCCCUUCUCGUGUUCUUGGCCGGUUAUUAUAGGCAGCCUCUGUUCAUCCUUUUGCAGAGGUCAGAUAAAGAGUCCAUCUUAUUAUUCACCUAAUCCUACCUUUUAACAAGAAAUAACACAAAUAUUUAAAUUCUAAGGAGAAGUGCGCUUUGUGUAUUUCUGUCUAACGGAAACCAGAUGUUAACACCUAUGAAGGAGACUCUGUGACAAAGGGAAGUUGAAGAUGGAAGAGUUGCUCUUAGCAAGCAGCUGUCUAGCACCUUUGUGGCUUUGAAAUGAGCUCUGUGGACAGCAUUCCAGGUACAGGACUCAGCCAAGCCUCCUCUGCUGAUUUUCAAGACAGUUUCAGAUUGCUCCCUUUUGAGGUAUAUUUCUUUAAACACAAGAGAAGCAGAAAUGAGGAGAGUGGUGCUUUGCCUCCAGUGGCCAGCCCCUCUGGGACCUUGGCAGACACCAAAGAUUGUAUGUCUGACCACUUGGAAGCCAUUGCCAAGGUUAGGAUCAGGAAAGGAUUUGAUUCUUUUUCCAUUUUCUCAUAAUAGUAGCCCAGGCAACAUAAGAAUCAUAAAACAUGACUCACUGUUGGGAGCUAAACUGUUUUAUAAGCUUACUUCCUACUGACAAAAUAGCUUUCCUCAAGGGGAAUAAAAAGGAGGCGGGGACAGUCAGGUAGUGUUAGGAUUUCUGUGAUUUAUUAUAGAUAUGAUGAAUCCAUAGGAUAGAAAAAAUUGUCUUGUUCUAUCCUGAGAGUUUCCUGAGACAUCCCUUCACCCUACUGGGCUUUUGGCCAUUGAUGUUCAAUAGGUCGCUGGCCAAGCUUUUCUAAAUUUUUCAGAGCAAAUUACCCACCAGUAAGGUCUGUUCUCAAGCCUUUCGGGUUGCUGUCCAUAUUUUCCCAUAAAGCACUUUGGUUUCUAUCAUGGACUCUGACUUAACACUCCAAGGCCAAUGAGUCCUCCAUUUUCCUUAGCAAAUUAGAACUUUGCCAGUUUUCCUUCUCCUAAACACAUUCUUUCCUGUACAGGAUUGCUUUGCCCAUCUCCUGAUUUAAUUCCAAGUAAUUGAACAAAACCUCAGAGGGCCUGGGAAGGUGAGGCAGGCCAGAGUCUGUGCUGUGUGUCGAGUGUCGAGCUGUUCGUUAAGAAGGUCUGCGACAGACCUUUGGUGUAGGCUCUGCCAGAGACUGUUGUGAACACUUUGCUUGAGAUCCGUGCCCUGUAAAAUGGAUAUGAUGUUUUACUGAUGUCUGUAAUACAUUUGUAAACUUCCAAUAAAAUUUGAAUAAAAGAAAUGUUGCCA